GCGCCCCGCGGUCCAUAACGCCGCAGAAGGUGGCUAUGUGAAUUCAGCACGGCUCUUGUUGAUGUGGGGCUCUGGCACAGAAGGUCGGACAUGAAUCGCUGAGAUCGUUUUACCGACGGCCGUCAUUCAGGACGGUCCCGGCCGGCCGACGCUAGGAGGCGGAAGUGUCGCAUUGUUGUUGACCGUUGCUCUGAGAGCUCGGCUGCCGGAGCUCAGGCACGCACAGGGCGCGCGGCGGCGGCGGCGGCAGCGGCGGCGGCGGCAGCGGGGAGUCUUAACGGAACCGGCGCGUGGCGAAGGCGGGCAGAGCUUCUGUCAACGGCAUCUAUUAUUGGCAUGGACAUGAUUGCAAAAUUCAGCUGAAGUUGAUGUUGGAAUGCAGUCACCAUUUUGACGGCAUUUGUAAUAUCUAUCACCAUCUUGGAACUAAGGACAUCAUGAAGCUAAAGCAGCGUGUUGUUUUACUAGCUGCCCUUCUAGUUAUUUUUAUUUUCACAAAAGUGUUCCUGAUUGACAAUUCAGACUCAUCUGCAACUAAUCGAGAGGAUCAACAUUCUUUCCAGCAUAUGAUGGAUACACUUAAAAUCGAACUGAAUCCAAAUCUGGAGCACACUCUGCAGUCACCAUGGGAAAUUGCAGCACAAUGGGUUGUUCCCAGGGAGGUAUAUCCAGAAGAAACUCCAGAGCUUGGAGCCAUUCUACAUGCAAUGGCCACCAAAAAGAUCAUCAAGGCUGACGUGGGCUACAAAGGAACCCAGCUGAAAGCUCUGCUUGUUCUUGAUGGCGGACAGAAGGUUGUGUUCAAACCUAAAAGGUACAGCAGAGCUUAUGUGGUUGAAGGGGAACCAUACGCUGGAUAUGAUAGACACAAUGCUGAAAUAUCUGCUUUUCAUCUGGAUCGGAUUUUAGGAUUACGGCGUGCUCCAGUAGUUGUCGGGAGAUAUGUAAAUCUAAAUACAGAGAUAAAACCUGUUGCAUCUGAGCAGCUUCUAAGCACCUUCCUCACAAUAGGGAACAGUAGUUGCUUCUAUGGAAAAUGCUACUACUGCAGAGAAUCAGAACCAGCCUGUGCAGAUGGACAUGUAAUGGAAGGAUCUGUCACACUAUGGCUACCUGAUAUCUGGCCUUUGCAAAAACAUAGACACCCAUGGGGCAGGACCUACCGAGAGGGGAAACUAGCCAGGUGGGAAUAUGAUGAAAGUUAUUGUGAUGCUGUAAAGAAGACCCCGCCAUAUGAUUCAGGUCCUCGACUCCUGGAUAUUGUAGAUACUGCUAUUUUUGACUACUUGAUUGGUAAUGCAGACCGUCAUCACUAUGAAAGUUUUCAAGACGAUGGUGGAGCAAGUAUGUUAAUUUUGUUGGACAAUGCAAAAAGCUUUGGGAAUCCAAGUUUAGAUGAAAGAAGCAUUUUAGCAACUGUUUACCAAUGUUGCAUCAUUAGAGUAUCCACCUGGAACAGGCUAAAUUACCUAAAGAAUGGAGUUCUCAGUACAACAAUGCGAACUGCCAUGUCUCAUGAUCCUAUUAGCCCUGUUUUGACCGAUGCCCAUUUGGAAGCCAUGGAUCGGCGGCUGAUGAGUGUCAUGGCAACUAUCAAACAGUGCAUUGAACAAUUUGGUACAGACACAGUGCUGGUGGAAGACAGAAUGCAAUUAUCUCACUUAAAAUAAGGUGCUCGUAAUGAAAACGGAGCACCACUAAUUUCCCUGCAUAUGUCAAAGAAGCAUAAACAAUGUGAAUUUGCACAUUAUGGUGUACAAACUCAAGGAAAUUUAAGAAAAUCAUUUCAUUCUCUUUAGGGUUAUAAAUUAUUUGGUAAAGUAGGUUUAACCUGGGAUAAGUACUGGAAAAUCUAUUGGCUGGACUGAUUUCUACUGACCCUGGAAGCACUGACAAAUAGAUAAGUGUAAAAGGAAGCAAUAAAAUGCUUUCCGAAGUAAUGCUUUAACUUGACCUUAAAUGCAAAUAUAAGCAUGUCUUUGUGAUUUUAUCUUAUGUCAAAUAAUGCAGACCUGUUUUAAGUGUCUUAAAGGAAGUUGAUAAAUCUAUGCUUAAUCUGCGUAUAUAUUACCUGCAGGGAAUUUAAAGAUUAUUUAAAUCCUUGAUCUUGCACUGCCAAUAGUGAAAUCCAGAUUAUUGUUCAACUAGAUAAAUUUUUACUUACAAGCCUACCAGGGUUAUAUUUAAUAUAUGUCAUGGACACAUUAUAAACCCCACACAUUUAGGUAUUGUCUCACCUCAUCUGUUGUAGAAACUAAGAUGUUUCAAAAUUUGGUCAUAUGAUACAGUACCGUAAUUGCUUAAAAAAAACAAGAUGUACAAGAGACAGAAUCUGUGAGUGCAAUUUUAUCCCAAACUACAAAAAAUAUUUUCUUACUUUAACUUCAGAGUAUUUAAAUCUUUAUGGGGAUUAUUUUUUUCUUGUAAAAGUAGUGCUCAGUCAUUCUUGUCCUAUUUAAAGUGUAAUGGCAAACUUUACACCAUAAUUUUUUUCACAUUAGCACUAUUGUUCAAAUCCCAACCAGCUUGCAUUCUGGGGCACCGUGGAUAAUUCAGAUUUACCUGACCUUGCAGAUAGACUUUGCUUUUUUUGCCAGGCCCCUCUGUUGGGCACGCCAGUCAUGAUGAGGGAGGGAGUUAAACUGAGAACUACGCAAUAUAUAAGCAUGGGACCAAUUGAACAAUUUCUGUCUACAAUUCAGACUGCUCUUUUAGGAAAGGUUGGAUUAAAAAGUCGUGAAUUUAUAUAUUUAUUGUCGUUUUGACUGAUUCUUUUUUUUAAAGAUAUCGGGUCCCAGGUUAAAUAUAACAAAAAAAGUAUGUCCAAUUGUCAGUUCAAAAAUACUUUAGGAUUUUAUAUACUGACAAGUUUCAGCUGUUGGUUUAAUAUGUGCAUAUUUGUGGUGUUAAGCGUACAUGUGAAUUACCCAAAACCUAACAGUAGAACUUUCAAAGUCAAUAGUGAUUCCCUUUCCCUCAACUUAAGAUGCACCACCUUUGAUUAGAUGUUUACAAUAAUACUGCAAAUGAGGAAGGUAUGUACUGCUUAAAUCAAUGGUACAAAUUUCACAAUGAUGUGGAAACUUGAAGUAUAGUAGGAAAAUAAUGUAAAAAUAAUUAUUCAGAUAACUUAUUUGUUGGAAGUAGCCAUGAGCCAUUUCUAACUGGGCUUUACAAUAAUGCAACUGAUAUAAAUGGUAGAUUGUUCCUUAUUUUAGCGGAGAGAAUGGGUACAUCUUUGGUUUAACUUCUCUGAUAAAUCAUCUUUGGAAAAUGUUCUGAUCAACUUCAGUGCAAAAACUGUUUAAAAUAUCUGUAGGAUAAAGCCCUUCUAUUUUAUUAAUAUAUAAAAAUAAAGCACAGCUUCAAUAAA